AUGAGAUCCACAUUAUCAUUUUCUCAGUUGGUUAAUAAUAAUAAUAAUCAUCCCAACCCCACAGGAUAUAACGGAAAGAAUAGGGUUUAUAUUGAUAAUGGGAGUGUUGCGCCUGCCUCGUGCGGUGAAACUGGAGAUGCGGUGGUGUUAGCCCCUACGAAACGCACGUGGUUUGAUAGUUCACCCCCUACAAAGAGAAAUCAGUUUGUUUUUCCAAGUAAUCGCUCAGACAGCGGUAGUGUUCCCCCACCAAAUGGUUCUGCUUCUCCUGUGGAUUGUGCCGUAAGACCAUCUGAAAUGGAAGGUAUUGGAAGUAUUGAUGCAAUGCGAAAAGAACUUAUUCGACUGUAUGAUUCCAAUAUGGAACUACGAGCACAGAUGAAGCGUUUACAGACAUGCGUGGAGAAGACAAAUGUAGUGCAGAUAACUGAGUUGGAAAAGCCAUGGCGCACACGGUGUACGGAGUUGGAAACGGCCCUCAGAGAAGAGCAACGUCAAAACCAUGAGAAGGAUGAAUUAAUUGCAGCUUUACAAAAGGAAUUAACUAUAGCUAAACGGAUGAUGACAACAAUGCUAACAAGUAAAACCCCUCAUAAAGAAAGCACAAAAAAUACCAACAAUGCACGUACAGAACCAAGAACUUUUAGAGAAGUUCAACGUUUCGUUACCCCAUCAUAUCAUAAAGAUACACCGCUCGUGCAGCAGGCGGAAAAAGCCAUGUCCAAGGUAAGACUUGGUCAUUCUAAUAGAGUUAACAUCCAAGUAUUACCGGAGAAGCAGAUCACGAACCAGUUACCCUCACGUAGUCAGAGUACAUCUAAAUGUAUACAUUCCUCACAAUCUCAGAUAAUUGAAUGUCACCAAAACAUAAAUGAUGAAAAUGUGAAUAAGGAAACAGUUUUCUCUGUAGAUAAUCCUUCUAAUUCUAGAUCACAUUCGUCCAAUAUUACGAAACCGAAGCCAUUGCAACAAGAAGAGCAGAAGGUAGCGGCGGCCGUAGCAGUGACACCAUCAUCAUCAUCACUUCUUAUACCUCAGACUGGAAUAACAAAAGUGGUUGCAAUAGCAACGACAACUCGGACUCCACACUCUUCUUCUAGUCGUUCUUUUGUACCUCAAACGUUGGCCGAUCUUUCUGCAUCUGAUGCAAUUACACCAUCCAAAAAGAUUGCUAAGCCAUGGUAUGAUGAAGAUGAGGUUAAGGAAGUUGUAAUGUCUUCUCGUGCAUCGAGGUUGAGAUUAGUAACUUCUCCGAGACGAUUAUUACGUCAGGGUCAGAUAGAUUCUUUAUUACAUGUGGGUCAAUUGUGUACUCACCCGCAUAUUCAAAAUAUUCCCAAUACAAGUAGAUGA